ACUCGCGCGCACGGAGCGACGACACCCCCGCGCGUGCACCCGCUCGGGACAGGAGCCGGACUCCUGUGCAGCUUCCCUCGGCCGCCGGGGGCCUCCCCGCGCCUCGCCGGCCUCCAGGCCCCCUCCUGGCUGGCGAGCGGGCGCCACAUCUGGCCCGCACAUCUGCGCUGCCGGCCCGGCGCGGGGUCCGCAGAGGGCGCGGCGCGGAGGCGCAGCCAGGGGUCCGGGAAGGCGCCGUCCGCUGCGCUCGGGGCUCGGUCUAUGACGAGCAGCGGGGUCUGCCAUGGGUCGGGGGCUGCUCAGGGGCCUGUGGCCGCUGCACAUCGUCCUGUGGACGCGUAUCGCCAGCACGAUCCCACCGCACGUUCAGAAGUCGGAUGUGGAAAUGGAGGCCCAGAAAGAUGAAAUCAUCUGCCCCAGCUGUAAUAGGACUGCCCAUCCACUGAGACAUAUUAAUAACGACAUGAUAGUCACUGACAACAAUGGUGCAGUCAAGUUUCCACAACUGUGUAAAUUUUGUGAUGUGAGAUUUUCCACCUGUGACAACCAGAAAUCCUGCAUGAGCAACUGCAGCAUCACCUCCAUCUGUGAGAAGCCACAGGAAGUCUGUGUGGCUGUAUGGAGAAAGAAUGACGAGAACAUAACACUAGAGACAGUUUGCCAUGACCCCAAGCUCCCCUACCAUGACUUUAUUCUGGAAGAUGCUGCUUCUCCAAAGUGCAUUAUGAAGGAAAAAAAAAAGCCUGGUGAGACUUUCUUCAUGUGUUCCUGUAGCUCUGAUGAGUGCAAUGACAACAUCAUCUUCUCAGAAGGUAGAUGUAAAAUCAGACAUAUAGGUUCAAACAAUCAAUUGCAAAGGAGCACUUGUCAAAACACUGGCUGGGAAUCUGCUCAUGUGAUGAAGACCCCAGGGUUUAGAGAAUAUAACACCAGCAAUCCUGACUUGUUGCUAGUCAUAUUUCAAGUGACAGGCAUCAGCCUCCUGCCACCACUGGGAGUUGCCAUAUCUGUCAUCAUCAUCUUCUAUUGCUACCGCGUUAACCGGCAGCAGAAGCUGAGUUCAACCUGGGAAACCGGCAAGACGCGGAAGCUCAUGGAGUUCAGCGAGCACUGUGCCAUCAUCCUGGAAGAUGACCGCUCUGACAUCAGCUCCACGUGCGCCAACAACAUCAACCACAACACAGAGCUGCUGCCCAUUGAGCUGGACACCCUGGUGGGGAAAGGUCGCUUUGCUGAGGUCUAUAAGGCCAAGCUGAAGCAGAACACUUCAGAGCAGUUUGAGACAGUGGCAGUCAAGAUAUUUCCCUAUGAGGAGUAUGCCUCUUGGAAGACAGAGAAGGACAUCUUCUCAGACAUCAAUCUGAAGCAUGAGAACAUACUCCAGUUCCUGACGGCUGAGGAGCGGAAGACGGAGUUGGGGAAACAGUACUGGCUGAUCACCGCCUUCCACGCCAAGGGCAACCUACAGGAGUACCUGACGCGGCAUGUCAUCAGCUGGGAGGACCUGCGCAAGCUGGGCAGCUCCCUCGCCCGGGGGAUUGCUCACCUUCACAGUGAUCACACUCCAUGUGGGAGGCCCAAGAUGCCCAUCGUGCACAGGGACCUCAAGAGCUCCAAUAUCCUCGUGAAGAACGACCUAACCUGCUGCCUGUGUGACUUUGGGCUUUCCCUGCGUCUGGACCCUACUCUGUCUGUGGAUGACCUGGCUAACAGUGGGCAGGUGGGAACUGCAAGAUACAUGGCUCCAGAAGUCCUAGAAUCCAGGAUGAAUUUGGAGAAUGUUGAGUCCUUCAAGCAGACCGAUGUCUACUCCAUGGCUCUGGUGCUCUGGGAAAUGACAUCUCGCUGUAAUGCAGUGGGAGAAGUAAAAGAUUAUGAGCCUCCAUUUGGUUCCAAGGUGCGGGAGCACCCCUGUGUCGAAAGCAUGAAGGACAACGUGUUGAGAGAUCGAGGGCGACCAGAAAUUCCCAGCUUCUGGCUCAACCACCAGGGCAUCCAGAUGGUGUGUGAGACGUUGACUGAGUGCUGGGACCACGACCCAGAGGCCCGUCUCACAGCCCAGUGUGUGGCAGAACGCUUCAGUGAGCUGGAGCAUCUGGACAGGCUCUCGGGGAGGAGCUGCUCGGAGGAGAAGAUUCCUGAAGAUGGCUCCCUAAACACUACCAAAUAGCUCUUCUGGGGCAGGCUGGGCCAUGUCCAAAGAGGCUGCCCCUCUCACCAAAGAACAGAGGCAGCAGGAAGCUGCCCCUGAACUGAUGCUUCCUGGAAAACCAAGGGGGUCACUCCCCUCCCUGUAAGCUGUGGGGAUAAGCAGAAACAACAGCAGCAGGGAGUGGGUGACAUAGAGCAUUCUAUGCCUUUGACAUUGUCAUAGGAUAAGCUGUGUUAGCACUUCCUCAGGAAAUGAGAUUGAUUUUUACAAUAGCCAAUAACAUUUGCACUUUAUUAAUGCCUGUAUAUAAAUAUGAAUAGCUAUGUUUUAUAUAUAUAUAUAUCUAUAUAUGUCUAUAUCUCUAUAUAUAUAGCCAUACCUUGAAAAGAGACAAGGAAAAACAUCAAAUAUUCCCAGGAAAUUGGUUUUAUUGGAGAACUCCAGAACCAAGCAGAGAAGGAAGGGACCCAUGACAGCAUUAGCAUUUGACAAUCACACAUGCAGUGGUUCUCUGACUGUAAAACAGUGAACUUUGCAUGAGGAAAGAGGCUCCAUGUCUCACAGCCAGCUAUGACCACAUUGCACUUGCUUUUGCAAAAUAAUCAUUCCCUGCCUAGCACUUCUCUUCUGGCCAUGGAACUAAGUACAGUGGCACUGUUUGGGGACCAGUGUUCCCGGGGUUCCUGUGUGCCCUUAUUUCUCCUGGACUUUUCAUUUAAGCUCCAAGCCCCAAAUCUGGGGGGCUAGUUUAGAAACUCUCCCUCAACCUAGUUUAGAAACUCUACCCCGUCUUUAAUACCUUGAAUGUUUUGAACCCCACUUUUUACCUUCAUGGGUUGCAGAAAAAUCAGAACAGAUGUCCCCAUCCAUGCGAUUGCCCCACCACCUACUAAUGAAAAAUUGUUCUUUUUUUCAUCUUUCCCCUGCACUUAUGUUACUAUUCUCUGCUCCCAGCCUUCAUCCUUUUCUAAAAAGGAGCAAAUUCUCACUCUAGGCUUUAUCGUGUUUACUUUUUCAUUACACUUGACUUGAUUUUCUAUUUUUCUAUACAAACACCAAUGGGUUCCAUCUUUCUGGGCUCCUGAUGGCUCAAGCACAGUUUGGCCUGAUGAAGAGGAUUUCAACUACACAAUACUAUCAUUGUCAGGACUAUGACCUCAGGCACUCCAAACAUAUGUUUUGUUUGGUCAGCACAGCGUUUCAGAAAGUGAAGCCACUUUAUAAAUAGUUGGAGAUUUUGCAGGAAAAUCUGGAUCCCCAGGUAAGGAUAGCAGAUGGUUUUCAGUUAUCUCCAGUCCACGUUCACAAAACGUGAAGGUGUGGAGACACUUACAAAGCUGCCUCACUUCUCACUGUAAACAUUAGCUCGUUCCACUGCCUACCUGGACCCCAGUCUAGGAAUUAAAUCUGCACCUAACCAAGGUCCCUUGUAAGAAAUGUCCAUUCAAGCAGUCAUUCUCUGGGUAUAUAAUAUGAUUUUGACUACCUUAUCUGGUGUUAAGAUUUGAAGUUGGCCUUUUAUUGGACUAAAGGGGAACUCCUUUAAGGGUCUCAGUUAGCCCAAGUUUCUUUUGCUUAUAUGUUAAUAGUUUUACCCUCUGCAUUGGAGAGAGGAGUGCUUUACUCCAAGAAGCUUUCCUCAUGGUUACCGUUCUCUCCAUCAUGCCAGCCUUCUCAACCUUUGCAGAAAUUACUAGAGAGGAUUUGAAUGUGGGACACAAAGGUCCCAUUUGCAGUUAGAAAAUUUGUGUCCACAAGGACAAGAACAAAGUAUGAGCUUUAAAACUCCAUAGGAAACUUGUUAAUCAACAAAGAAGUGUUAAUGCUGCAAGUAAUCUCUUUUUUAAAACUUUUUGAAGCUACUUAUUUUCAGCCAAAUAGGAAUAUUAGAGAGGGACUGGUAGUGAGAAUAUCAGCUCUGUUUGGAUGGUGGAAGGUCUCAUUUUAUUGAGAUUUUUAAGAUACAUGCAAAGGUUUGGAAAUAGAACCUCUAGGCACCCUCCUCAGUGUGGGUGGGCUGAGAGUUAAAGACAGUGUGGCUGCAGUAGCGUAGAGGCGCCUAGAAAUUCCACUUGCACCGUAGGGCAUGCUGAUACCAUCCCAAUAGCUGUUGCCCAUUGACCUCUAGUGGUGAGUUUCUAGAAUACUGGUCCAUUCAUGAGAUAUUCAGGAUUCAAGAGUAUUCUCACUUCUGGGUUAUCAGCAUAAACUGGAAUGUAGUGUCAGAGGAUACUGUGGCUUGUUUUGUUUAUGUUUUUUUUUUCUUAUUCAAGAAAAAAGACCAAGGAAUAACAUUCUGUAGUUCCUAAAAAUACUGACUUUUUUCACUACUAUACAUAAAGGGAAAGUUUUAUUCUUUUAUGGAACACUUCAGCUGUACUCAUGUAUUAAAAUAGGAAUGUGAAUGCUAUAUACUCUUUUUAUAUCAAAAGUCUCAAGCACUUAUUUUCAUUCUAUGCAUUGUUUGUCUUUUACAUAAAUAAAAUGUUUAUUAGAUUGAAUAAAGCAAAAUACUCAGGUGAG